UCGUUCCAGUCCUUUCUGGUCCUCGGGACCACCUUGUCGCUGAGGAGACGUAAAGACGGCCGCUGCUCCUGGAGGCCCGCCGAGGGGCCAACCCGUUAGCAGAGAGCCGCAGGACAGCCCUCCAUCACAGCCGCGUCCCCGCUUGGGUGGAGGAGGGGCGACACGCCAAUUGCGCAGCGUCGAGUUUCCCAGAAUUCCCAGCGGCCGCGGGGAAAGUUUACGGGACGCAGGCGGCGGCGGUAGCUGUAGCGGUCAUUCGGCGGCCCGCGGCGGAUCAUGGCCCUGGCCGGUUGUCCCUGGCCUCCCCUCACGGAGUCCUCGGGCUGCGUCACUGAGCGGGCAGACUUCCGGGAAGGAACUGACAAGCGACUGAGCGGCGGCAGGCGCGCUUAGCGCCCCGAACAUGCGGCAGUCCCUGCGGGCGACCCCGGGCUGCGGAGAGGCGGCGGCGGCGGCGGCGGCUCGGGAGCGAAGGAGGCGGCGGCGCCGGCGGAGGUGGCGGCGAGGACGCCCGGCGCCCGGCUCGGAGCCCUAGGGAGGCGCGGUCUGGGGCCUUGUCGACCAGGAUGCUGUCCCGAAAGAAAACGAAGAACGAAGUGUCCAAGCCUGCCGAGGUGCAGGGGAAGUACGUGAAGAAGGAGACGUCCCCUCUGCUGCGGAAUCUCAUGCCUUCAUUCAUCCGGCACGGUCCAACAAUUCCAAGACGAACUGAUAUCUGUCUUCCAGAUUCAAACCCUAAUGCCUUUUCAGCUUCUGGAGAUGGAAUAGUUUCAAGAAACCAGAGUUUCCUUAGAACUCCAGUUCAAAGAACACCUCAUGAAAUAAUGAGAAGAGAAAGCAACAGAUUAUCAGCACCUUCUUAUCUUGCCAGGAGUCUAGCAGAUGUCCCUAGGGAAUAUGGCUCAUCUCAGUCAUUUUUAACAGAAGUUAAUUUUGCUGUUGAAAAUGGAGACUCUGGUUCCCGAUAUUAUUAUUCAGAUAAUUAUUUUGAUGGUCAGCGAAGGCGCCCACUUAGAGAUCGUACACAUGAAGAUUACAGAUAUUAUGAAUACAACCAAGAUCUCUUCCAAAGAAUGCCACAGAAUCAGGGGAGGCAUGCUUCAGGUAUUGGGAGAGUUGCUGCUACAUCUUUAGGAAAUUUAACUAACCACAGUUCUGAAGAUUUACCCCUUCCUCCUGGCUGGUCUGUGGACUGGACAAUGAGAGGAAGAAAAUAUUAUAUAGAUCACAAUACAAAUACAACUCACUGGAGCCAUCCUCUUGAGCGAGAAGGACUUCCUCCAGGAUGGGAGCGAGUUGAGUCAUCAGAAUUUGGAACCUACUAUGUAGAUCACACAAAUAAGAAGGCUCAAUAUAGGCAUCCCUGUGCUCCUAGUGUACCUCGGUAUGAUCAACCUCCUCCUGUCACUUAUCAGCCACAACAAACGGAAAGAAAUCAGUCCCUUCUGGUACCUGCAAAUCCAUAUCAUACCGCAGAAAUCCCUGACUGGCUUCAGGUUUAUGCUCGAGCCCCUGUGAAAUAUGACCACAUUCUGAAGUGGGAACUCUUCCAGCUAGCUGACCUGGACACAUACCAGGGAAUGCUAAAGUUGCUUUUCAUGAAAGAACUGGAACAGAUCGUCAAACUGUAUGAAGCGUACAGACAGGCUCUUCUCACGGAGUUGGAAAACCGCAAGCAGAGGCAGCAGUGGUAUGCCCAGCAACAUGGCAAGAAUUUUUAAGUUAAUUUUUAAAAAGUAGAAUUUGUUUUUAAGGGCUUUAAAAUAUUUUCAGAUAAAAACCUGCAAACAAUUACUUUGGUUAAUAAAUGCAGCUUUUUAGAAAUUGUAAUAUUCUAAUUUUACAUGUAUUUUUGUUAUUAAAAGUAUGUACUCUUAUUGAGCAAAAAA